CACGCCCAUCCGCUUUCCCCUCCCUAUUCUUACUCAUUCAGCACUUCAGCAGUGCAAGAAGUAAACAGAUAAUAGAUUUCUGCAUUUUGUUAUUUAGUCUGCGUUGUUGUAUAUUUGUCUCACCGAGUCCACUAUAGGCCUCCGAGAUGCCGGCCUAUCAUUCUCAAUUCAUGGAAUCAAAGCAAAGUGUGGGCAACAUCGCCCUCUUGCCGAUCCGCACCCAGUUCCGUGGGCCUGCUCCAACCGGAAUUAAUGCCACAGACAUGGACAUCAUUGAAGAGGCCAUCUAUUAUUUCAAGGCUAAUGUGUUCUUCAGAAAUUAUGAAGUUAAGAGUGAGGCAGAUCGGGCGUUGAUCUACAUCACCCUCUACAUCACUGAAUGCUUGAAACGACUGCAAAAGUGCUCAAGCAAAAACCAAGGUAUGCAGGAAAUGUAUUCCUUGGCCUUGGCAAAGUUCGACAUCCCUGGGGAAUCAGGAUUUCCUUUGAACUCUGUUUACGCUAAACCGCAGACUUCAGCUGAGGCUGAUUUGAUGCGCCUGUAUUUGCAACAACUCCGCCAAGAAACCGGCGUAAGAGUAUGCGAAAAAGUCUUCAGCUUUGAUGAGAACCGCCCUUCCAAGUGGUGGUUGUGCUUCGCCAAGAAGAAGUUCAUGGACAAAGCACUCCUCCCUCCUGGCCAGUGAUCUCUUCUUGCAUUUAUUAUAUUACUAACAUCUUCUGGUCUUAUGAUUCCAAACAAAUAUCUACUUCCAUAUAACCCUAUUAAAUUGUUGAAAGAU